GGGAGUCUUGUGGGGGACCAAGAGGACUCGGGUCCGGCCCUCCCUCCUCCUAGCGGGGCCUGAAGCCACCGGAGUAGACGCAGCGCCCCUACAGCCAGCUUUUCCGCCUCCAUCUCCUCCUCCUCCUCCACCUCCUCUUCCUUCCCCCAGCGGGCGUGCAGUCUCAACCGGUUCAGACUGGCCAGGGUGCCUCUGCAAAGGAGAUCGGCGAGUGGGACCACCCCGGGAGUGACUUCCCGGGGUGGGGGCGGGAAGGUGGAGCCGGCGGGGAGGACUGCACUCCAUGUGUCCCCCGGGCAGAGAGCGGCGGCGGUGAAGUGCGCGCAGCGGGACCGGUCACCCAACGCACGGCCGGGAACAGCAGCCGCGGCCCAAGCUGUGUCCGCGGCCCCAGACGAGCCCCGGACUCAGACUCUUGGUGAACUGGUGAAAGGGAGGAAGCUUUAUUCUGGUAUACAAUUUGGGGUCAUAUCGAAUGGAGUCUUCAGCGAUCAGACUGGAUUCUGAAUAAUCACGUGGAAGUUGUAUAAAACUAUGAAACAGAAGGACACGUCAGCUACUUUAGUGUCGUCGACGUCGUGGAUAUCGUCACCAGGACGCUCCUGGGCUGAGCUUUUCAGCUAGACCGUAAGGAAUGGUUGUAGCAGGAUCCCAGCAGCACAGAGCCCAUGUGAGGGCAGGACACAGAGAGGCGAUGUUACCGAUCUGUGUCUAGUACCUGCAGAGAGACACUGCAUUGAUCUCAUCUCACAAUGGAGUUUCAGAAGUCACCUGAUGGAGGGUGGGGCUGGGUGAUUGUGACUGUCUCCUUCUUCACUCAGUUCCUCUGUUACGGAUCCCCGUUAGCUGUUGGGGUCUUGUACAUAGAAUGGCUAGAUGCCUUUGGUGAAGGAAAAGGAAAAACAGCCUGGGUGGGAUCCCUGGCAAGUGGAGUCGGCUUACUUGCAAGUCCUGUCUGCAGCCUCUGUGUGUCAUCUUUUGGAGCGAGACCCGUCACAAUCUUCAGUGGCUUCCUGGUGGCUGGAGGCCUGAUGCUGAGCAGUCUUGCCCCCAAUAUCUACUUCCUGUUUUUUUCCUAUGGCAUCAUUGUAGGUCUCGGAUGCGGCUUACUAUACACUGCGACAGUGACCAUUACAUGCCAGUAUUUUGACAGCCGCCGAGGCCUCGCGCUUGGCCUGAUCUCAACAGGUUCAAGUGUAGGCCUUUUCAUCUACGCAGCUCUGCAGAGGGUGUUGAUAGAGUUCUACGGCCUGGAUGGGUGCCUACUUAUUGUGGGUGCUUUGGCUUUAAACAUACUAGCCUGUGGCAGUCUGAUGAGACCCUUGCAGUCUUCCGACUCUCCUUUUCCUGAAAAAAUAGCUCCGGAGAAUGUUCUGGAUAGAUACUCCACGUACCACGAGAAAGAGAAGAGCCUGGAAGAAAAUAUGAACAUCUUGGACAAGAGCUACAGUGGUGAAGAUAAAUGCAACAGCACCUUGCCCCGUGGUGACUGGGGACGGGAGACUCCUAAAAAUCCUACAGCUGCAGCACACGCCAAGGAGCCCGAGCCUUACAAAAAGAAGGUCGCGGAGCAGACUUAUUUUUGCAAGCAGCUUGCCAAGAGGAAAUGGCAGUUAUAUAGGAACUACUGUGGUGAGACUGUGUCUCUUUUCAAAAACAAAGUCUUCUCCGCCCUUUUCAUCGCCAUCUUGCUUUUUGACAUCGGAGGGUUUCCACCAUCACUACUCAUGGAGGACGUGGCGAGAAGUUCCAACGUGAGGGAAGAGGACUUCACCAUACCUCUCAUCUCCAUUAUCGGCAUCAUGACAGCCGUGGGCAAGCUUCUUUUAGGCAUCAUGGCUGACUUCAAGUGGGUCAACACCUUGUAUCUCUAUGUAGCCACGCUGAUCAUCAUGGGUCUGGCCUUGUGUGCAAUCCCCCUUGCCAAGAGCUACGUCACCCUGGCGAUACUUUCUGGGAUCUUGGGUUUUCUUACUGGGAAUUGGUCCAUCUUCCCCUAUGUGACCACAAAGACUGUGGGGAUUGACAAAUUAGCCCACGCCUAUGGGAUUCUCAUGUUCUUCGCAGGACUUGGGAAUAGCCUCGGGCCACCGAUGGUUGGUUGGUUCUAUGACUGGACGCAGACCUACGACAUUGCCUUUUAUUUCAGUGGCUGCUGCGUCCUGCUGGGGGGCUUCAUCCUGCUGCUCGCCGCCUUGCCUUGCUGGGACACGUGCAACAAAAAACUUCCUAAGCCAGCGCCAACAACCUUUUUCUACAAAGUUGCCUCUAAUGUUUAGGGGGAUAUAAAAAGCAUUAUUUUCUCUAUUUUUCUACUUUAUACCAUAUA